ACUCAGCAUAUGCGCACUUAGGGCCUUCCCUUGGAUAAUUUCCUCAGUAUUUAAUAUAUCGGAACUAUUUAAUUUCCUCAGUAUUUUGCUCAACUACGUCACUCUCGGCAAAAGGCCUGAAACCGUAGCGCCCGCCAGAAGCCGUCCACCGCCAUACCACCUCCGCGACCUUGUCUUCAUCAAAUUCAUCAUCAAUCAAACUCACAACACCGAAAAAUGGUAAAUACAGUAAAGAAUUUGCUGCUGCGCUUGUGAUGAAUAAUAGACUGGCUGAUAACUGAAGAAGAAGAAAUGGGGCAUAGUUCGAAGAAAAAGAAGAAGCGCGGAGGCGCCCGAAGGGCUCCAUCAAAGGAUCACAAUUCUCUUGCUGCUGAUAAUUCCGAGCUUAUUGGUGAAGAAAUCACCGCAUUGUGUGCUAUAUUUCAAGAUGAGUGUGAAGUUGUUUCCGGAUCACCACCACAAAUUCAGAUUAAGCUCAGGCCAUACUCAAAGGAUACAGGAUAUGAUGAAUCAGAUAUUUCUGCUCUUCUUUCUGUAAGGUUUUUAUCUGGCUACCCCAACAAAUGCCCAAAGUUGCGUAUAAUUCCUGAGAAAGGAUUAUCAGUGGUAGAUGCGGACAAUCUUCUGUCCUUGCUUCAUGAUCAAGCAAAUUCUAAUGCUCGUGAAGGGCGUGUAAUGAUUUACAAUUUGGUGGAGGCUGCUCAAGAAUUUUUGUCUGAAGUUGUUCCUCAAGCAGAAUCACGUGAAUCUGCUAUAUCCCAAGCCACGGACAGGAGUACCUUGCUAUCUCGCAAGGAUUUGGCAGUUUCCAGAAUCAUGAUGUACUCUUGUAAAGGACCUUUUGUAUAUGGUUAUAUAGAUCUUUUUAGUGGUUGUGGUGAAUCAUGGCAUUGGAGCCUGGGAAUGGAACAAAACUCUGGUCUAAAAACUAAAGUAUCUUCUAAUACCUUCGAGCAUUCCAAAGUUGGACAUCAGAAUGCAGAUAACAAAAUUGGGAAGAAGUCAGUGGAACUUCAGGGUGCUAAGCAAGAAUUUGCGCAAAACCCUGCAUUGAAACUAGUCACUGUUAAAGAGGAGAGUGAGGAUGAGAUCAAGAGUACUGAUUCAAGUACAACUCUAUCUUGUGGAACAGUCAAAAGUGGUAGUGUUGGUAACAUAAAGGAUAUUUUUGUGGAGGAGAAUCUAACAGAAACAACUGAUGAAGAUCAAUUAAUAGAACCUUCAGAUUCAGUGUCUUCAAAAUCUGUUAUCAAUCACCAAUUAUCUCAGACUAUGAGAACAGAUUUAAUUAUGGUUCACCUACUUCGCCUUGUUUGCGCACCCAAAGGGCCUCUAGGUGAUGCUUUGGUGCAAAUCACAUCAGAGCUGUACAACCUAGGGAUCGUAUCUGAGCAUGUGCGUGAUCUGACAAUUGAACCAUCUCCAGUUUUUGAGAAGGCUUUUAAUCAUGUUUUCGCUCAGCAUAGGGUCUCAUCAAAGAUCUCUCAGUUUUGGAGAACUGCUUCUGAUUUUGAAGGACAGAAUUCUUCAUCCACGUCAAGUUCCCGUUAUCUAAGUGAUUUUGAGGAACUCCAGCCCCUUGGUCAUGGAGGAUUUGGUCAUGUUGUGCUGUGUAAAAAUAAGAUAGAUGGCAGGCAAUAUGCUGUCAAGAAAAUACGCUUGAAGGACAAGAGCCUGCCUAUAAAUGAUCGCAUAUUGAGGGAAGUUGCUACUCUGUCACGGUUGCAGCAUCACCAUGUUGUGCGUUACUACCAGGCAUGGUUUGAAACAGGAAUUGCUGGUUCUUUUGGUGAUGCAACCCAGGGCUCAAAAGCCACCAUGAGCUCCACUUUCAGCUACAUGGAUGGAAGCUCAUCUGAUAUUUUUGGGCUGGAAACUAAGCUUGAUUCGACUUACUUGUACAUUCAAAUGGAAUACUGCCCCAGGACACUGCGCCAAAUGUUCGAAUCUUAUAAUCAAUAUAAUCAAUUUGAUAAGGAGCUUGCCUGGCAUCUGUUUCGCCAAAUUGUUGAAGGCCUGGCACACAUACAUGCCCAAGGAAUAAUUCAUCGUGACUUGACUCCUAAUAACAUCUUUUCUGAUGCUCGCAAUGACAUUAAAAUUGGAGAUUUUGGUCUUGCCAAGUUCUUGAAGUUGGAGCAAGUGGAGCAGGAUGUUGAUGCCACAGAAACAGUUGGAGUUUCAGUUGAUGGUACUGGCCAAGUUGGCACAUAUUUCUACACUGCACCUGAAAUAGAGCAAGGGUGGCCAAAGAUAAAUGAGAAGGCUGACAUGUAUAGUCUAGGAGUUGUAUUUUUCGAGCUCUGGCACCCUUUUGACACAGCAAUGGAAAGGCACAUUGUCCUUUCUGAUUUGAAACAGAAGGGAGAGCUUCCUUCUGCUUGGCUAGCUGAUUUCCCAGAACAGGCGUCUUUGUUAAGACUUCUGAUGUCACCAAGUCCAUCUGAACGUCCGUCAGCUGCAGAACUUCUUCAGCACGCUUUUCCUCCCCGAAUGGAAUAUGAGCUUUUGGAUAAUAUUCUCCGAACAAUUCAUACCUCUGAAGACACUGGUGUGUAUGACAAAAUUGUAAAUGCUAUUUUUGAUGAGGAGCUUUUGAGUACAAAGGAACAUGAGAGUGUUGAGAGAUUGAAAUUGCUUGGAGGUGAUAUCUCAUCUGUCCUAUUUUCGGAUGUUGAUACCAGUAACCGUGAUCAUGUAUUGGAGGUGGCUGCUGGAGUGUUUAGACAACAUUGUGCAAAGCAUCUAGAGGUUAUACCAAUGCACAUGUUGGCUGAUUCUCGACAGCUAAAUAGGAAUACUGUGAAACUUUUGACCAAUGGAGGAGACAUGGUUGAGCUUUGUCAUGAGCUUCGCUUACCUUUUGCCAACUGGAUAAUUGCCAAUCAGAAAUCCUUCUUCAAACGGUAUGAAAUAUCGUAUGUAUAUCGAAGAGCAAUUGGUCAUUCACCACCAAAUCGGUAUCUUCAGAAAUCAAAUCCUCCAGGUGCAGUUGGGACUAGUCUUGCUUUGGAGACAAUUUUGUUGCAUAGUACUAUGAUGGAUACGAAAAUUUAUAGACAUGAUGUUGGUAUCGAGGUUCUUGUUUGCUCAAGAGGAGGAGGUGGUUUACUAGUAGAGCGCAUGGAACUAGUGGCUGAGCUAUGGCAGCAGAAUAUCAAGACUCAGUUCGUCCCCAUAUGUGAUCCAAGCCUCACAGAACAGUAUGAAUAUGCCAACGAGCAUGAUAUCAAAUGUCUUGUGAUCAUCACUGACAGUGGUGUAUCCCAAACAGAUUCAGUUAAGGUGCGGCAUCUUGAGCUGAAGAAGGAGAAGGAAGUUCCGAGAGAAGAACUUGUCAAGUUUCUCUCUGAGGCAAUGGCAACUCAAUUUAAAAACCCAUCCAUCUGGAACUAGAACAGAUUACUUGAACUCAUUGCUACCAGGUUUUUAAAGCCACUUCAUAGUGUUCGUAGUUCUUUCGUACAAUAAAGUUUGCAAGAUGUUUGCCAUUAUUUUAGAAACCUAAGUUCCUGCAGCAUAACAUUUCAAGCCAUGUGUUUGUUACUCCAUGUUGUUCCUGGGAAAGCUGUCUAUCAUAGGUUAAAAUAAGGGCAUGGAGAAGAGAGAAAAAGAAAAUAAAAAGAAAGAACAAAUGGCCUUUCUGACAUGUUAGUUUACGUUUGAACAUCUAGUGAUUUCCCAAAUCCUAUUGGAGCUUUUGCUUGCUUUUUUAC